CGUGAGUGAGAGCGUAGAACGCUCUUCAGUCUGUGUAGCCGGAGACUUCUAUCUUUAUUUGUUAUUAUGUCAAGGUUAACUAGUAAAUAUCGUUGUCUGUAUCUGUUAAGCGUGAGAUCCAGAUGGAAAUGUCACCAACAAUUAUCAAGAAUGUCAACUCUAAGAAGCGACUUUCAUUCAUCGAAAGUUAACUCAGCAUGUGGUGGACUACUUAAGAAUAUUUCUACAGUAAUGACAGACACAAGGACCAGUUUUUGUGGAGGAAAUGCAAAUACAAAGAUAAGAGGACUUCAUUUACACACAACUCUUAUGAAGGACAAUUCAGCUCAAUUCAGAGAACUAACACAGACAGAAUAUGAGAAGUUAGCAGAUGAAACUCUGGAUGCAUUAGCUCAGUUUCUGGAAGACCUCGCAGAUGAAGGCUUAACUGGACUGGACUGUGAUGUCAUACUCUCUAGUGGUGUACUGACGUUAAAAAUGGGUUCUGGUCACGGUACUUAUGUCAUCAACAAACAAACACCAAAUCGACAGAUUUGGCUUUCCUCGCCAACAAGUGGGCCGAAGCGCUACGAUUGGACAGGGGAACGUUGGGUUUACGCUCACGAUGGUGUGGCGUUACACGAACUGCUCUCUAAAGAACUCUCCAUCAUUUUUCAAACAAAAAUAGACCUAUCACAUCUCAUUUAUUCAUGAUUACACCAAUGUAAAGAUUUCAUUUUAUUGUAAAUUAUUUCUAUUCAUGCAAAUUGUCUGUUGGGAAGUCUAAAGUUAAACAUUAAAGAGUUUACUUCAAAAUACAGUUUACUAUAGUAAAUUCUAUGUUACAUGUACCUUCUAUAGUUUUUCAUGUGAGAAUGUUUUAAUUCUCACUCCCACAUUCUCAUUUCUUUACUUUGAUCAUUUUUCAUUUGUAUGUUGUCUGUAUUGUUCAUUAUUUAUGUUACUCUUUGGUUCGUUGUACAAGGGCUGAACAGAAGACGUUAAUGUUCUUGUGUUUUUAAAGGUGCACUGUGUAGCUUUUAGUAUGCAAUAUAAUAUACAUAGACAUACCUAUAUUUUCAGUGGUGUAUAAAGACGUUACAUAAUGAACUGUUAUGUUUUUAUUACCUUAGAUUGAGGCAUUUUAUCUACAUACACCUUGGGACACCUUACAUGGAAGUCGUCAUUUGCACCGCCAUGUAGGGCUGUGCAAUUUACGGCAAAUAUCUAAUUGCGAUUUUUCAGCCAGAAAUUUAAUUUCGAUUUGCGAUUUAGCUUUUGUAGCAGAUGCAAUGUGCAUCUGGCUUUC